AUGAAGGCAAAGGAUACCUUGGAGAAAGCAGGAUACGUAUAUGAAGACAUCUUGAAGACCAGUCACCUCUCAAUCAAGAAGAUAUACAACAAACUUAGAGGAGAUUAUCCAAAGGUGAGUUGGAAGAGACUAAUAUGCAACAAUCCAGGAUAUCCUAAAUGGAUAUUCAUACUACAAUUGGCAGCACUGGGGAGGCUAUAUACUAGAGAUAGAUUAGUAAAGUGGGGUGUGAUGACUGAGCUAAUUUGUCCUCUGUGUGACAAUGACGAUGAAUCCAUUGAGCACCUAUUUUUUAAGUGCAACUUCUCUGCUGCCCUAUGGGGAAAAAUGCUCACAUGGAUGAAAAUAAACAGAGGGCCAAUGGGAUGGAAUCAAGAACUGGCAUGGACAGUUAUGAAUGCAAAUGGAAAGGAUACUAAAGCUGGAAUCUACAGAUUAACAAUGACAGGAUGUGUGUACUACUUAUGGAAAGAGCGGAACUUAAGAAUCUUCCAAAAGAAGUCGAGAAGUGUUGAAGUUCUAAGCAGAUUAAUAACACAAGAUGUUCAUUGCAGAGGACAGUGGGAUCAGAAACUUGCGGGGCAAUUGAGAAGGAUGAAUUUCUUUCCUUAG